CCCUCGAAAAAUUUCUAGGGUUCUUGAGGGAUGAGGCGGCUCCACACGCGCCUCUCCAAUGUCCUUCGAUCGCGAGCGUAUUCUUCUUCCCCCGCGAUGGAUCUUGCGCCAUUACCAGCGCCAGCGCCAUCGCUCCAACAGCAGCAGCAGCAGCAUCAGGACGAGAAAAUGGCCAGGUAUUCCAUCAAUUCCAGGAUCAUCCUCGAUCUCCUCAAGAAUGCCAAGCGCGGCGAGAGCAUGGACGAGAUCAUGAGGCAGUGGAGUGGCUUGCUCACGACCUACGUCGUGGCGGAUGUUCUCAAGCAUCUCCCGAGCUCCGAGGCGGCUCUCCGGUUCUUCGAGUGGGCGCCCAAGCGAAUGGGCUACGAGCACAACGUCUUCACGUACAACAAGCUCCUCCUCCAGCUGACGAGAGAGCAUCGCCACGACAAAGCCAGCGCCGUGUUCCAGGAGAUGAUCGACAAGUCCUGCCAGCCCGAUGCCUUCACCUUUGCGAUUCUCUUGCGGGGACUUUGCCGAUCCAACCAGCUCGAGAAAGCUCGCAAGCUCCUGGGAAGAAUGAAGGAGAUGGGGUGCGUUCCAGACGAUGCCAUCUACAAUGCUCUCAUCUCCGGCUACUCCAAGGCCAAGGAUUUCGGCCAAGCAUUCAAGUUCCUGGCCGAGAUGGUGAAGAACCAUUGCCUUCCAACGGUGGUCACGUACACGAACAUCGUGGAUGGGCUUUGCAAGGCCGAGCGGACCAGGGACGCGGUGAAGUUACUGGAUGAGAUGCGUGACAAGGGAUGCUCUCCAAACAUCUAUACUUACAACGUGAUCGUGGAGGGGCUUUGCGAGGAGAGGAAGCUGGACGAGGCCAAGAAGAUGCUCGAGGAAAUGGCUGUGCGAGGAUACUUUCCAGACGUUGUGACUUACAACUCGUUCAUCAAGGGACUUUGCAAGUGCGACCGAGUGGACGAAGCACGAAAGUUUCUGGCGAGGAUGCCUGUGACUCCCGACGUCGUGAGCUACACCACGGUGAUUAACGGGCUUUGCAAGUCCGGGGAUUUGGAUUCAGCGAGCAGGAUGCUGGAUCACAUGAGCAACCGUGGCUGCACUCCCGACGUUGUCACGUACUCCUCGUUGAUAGACGGGUUUUGCAAAGGUGGCGAGGUGGAACGAGCCAUGGGUCUUCUAGACUCGAUGCUGAAGCUCGGGUGCCGGCCAAACAUGGUAGCUUACAACUCGCUGCUCGGGGCUCUCCACAGGCUGGGACAUAUUGGCAAGGCUGAGGACAUGCUAGUCGAGAUGGAGAGGCGGGGAUUUACUCCAGACGUGGUUUCCUACAACGCUUGCAUUGACGGGCUUUGCAAGGCGGAGCGAGUGAAGAAGGCCAAGGCCGUGUUUGACAGGAUGGUGGAGAGGGGCUGUACGCCUAACGCCUCGAGCUACAGCAUGUUGGUGGAGGAGCUUUGCAAGAAAAAGGAGCUUGACGAGGCUAUAACUCUGGUGGAACAAGCUCGCGAGAAAUAUCAGAUUGUGGACAUUCUUCUUUACACGGUGCUGCUGGACGGGCUUUGCAAAGGUGGUCGAUUCGACGAAGCUUGUGCGCUGUUUAGCAAAGUUUUGGACGAGAAGAUCUGCGAGCCGGACGUGUUCUUCUACAACGUUAUGCUCGACAGUCACUGCAAGCGCAGGCAGAUUGAUAAAGCUCUCCAGAUUCACAAGCAGAUGCUAGAGAAGAACUGCUGCAACGUCGUCACCUGGAAUAUUUUGGUUCAUGGACUGUGUGUGGACGACAGGCUCUCAGAUGCGGAGACGAUGCUUCUGACGAUGGUGGACGAGGGAUUUAUUCCGGACUUCGUCACGUAUGGGACACUAGUCGAUGCUAUGUGCAAAUGCGGAAAAUCUGCGGCCGCUCUAGAACUGUUUGAGGAGGCAGUGAAAGGUGGAUGUGUGCCGGAUGUUGUCACCUACAGUGCUUUGAUCACGGGGCUUGUCCACGAGAACAUGGCCGAAGAAGCAUAUCUGCUCUUCACGAAACUUGUCGAGCGACGCUGGGUGCCGGAUGACAAAACGCUCGGCCUUCUUCACAGGAAGCUGAAGCUGUUGAACAAGCCAAGGAAGGCGGAGGUGGUGGACUUGUACUUGACCACUUUGGGGAUGGAUGUCAUGGCUGCGACAACGUUCCUAUCUGCCACAAUCCAGGACUCUCAAGUGAGCAAGGCUCAAGAAGAGCUUCAAUGGCGUCAAUUGUUUGAAGACCCAUCUCAAUGGUGGGACAACAGGAACCACAACCUACAUGGUUCGCAGCACGAUUUCAAGCACGCACAAUCAGGUGCCACGCUCAGGAUUGCUUCCUCGUUUUGUCCAAAAUGGGCAAAGCUCGGCCUCAAGUGCUUGAAGGUUUCAAAUUUCAAAGCCCGAGCACAGUACAGAGAUGGUGAGGAGCCUAUCUUUGAGAAGAAAACUCAGAGCACUGACAGUGACGGUACCAGGCAGAGUAAAAGUCGCUCAAAUCAACAUCGCGAGAGCGUCUCCAGCCUAGUAGCCGCAUUGAAAGCCUGCACUGGCUCGAGAAACUGGGCUCGGGGCAUGAAACUUCAUGCGGUUGCUGUGGAAAAUGGGAAGGACUCCAACAUCUUCGUGGCAAGCUCGUUGGUCGGCAUGUACUCGAAGUGUGGACGCAUGGAGGAUGCCCGGAAGGUGUUUGACGGUAUGCAGAAGCGGGAUGCAGUGUCCUGGAACACUGUGAUACUUGGCUAUGCUGAAAAUGGUGACGGAGAAACAGCACUGGAACUCUUUGAGAAAAUGCAAGCAGAAGACCAUUUGUCACCGGACUCCUGGACGAUUGUUUCUGCACUGAAAGCUUGCUCCAGCCUGGCUGCGGCAGAAAGAUCAAGGGAAGUUUUUCGAGAGCUUGUGAAGAUUCAGACUCUGGAGAAAGGAAUGGCUGUUCACAGCUUGGCUUUGAAGAACAGGUGUGACUCGGACAGAUUUGUGGCCAGUGGCUUAGUGGACAUGUAUUCGAAGUGCGGAAGUCUAUCAUCUGCUCGGGCAGUCUUCGACGGUUUCUCCGACAAGGACGUUGCUCUGUGGAACGCAAUGAUUCUUGGAUACGCAGAAAAUGGAAGUGGUGAGCUCGGGUUGAAGCUGUUCGUGGAGCUGAUAGAAUCAGAUGUCGAGCCGAACGCUCGGACUUUCGUAGCAGCUCUCAAGGCCUGCACUGAUCUUGCAGCGACAGAACAAUCUAGAAAGUUUGAUGGGAAGCUUGUGAAAUCUAAAGCUCUGGAAGAAGGAUUGGCCUUACAUUCUCGGGCAGUGGAGAAACAGCUCGAAGCGGACAUCUUCGUGAGCAACAUGCUGGUCGAUGUGUACGCGAAGUGCGGGAGCAUGGCACUUUCGCGUGGAGUUUUUGACAGGAUGCGGACUCACGACGUGAUUUCGUGGACCGCACUGCUCUCAGGCUACUGUGACAAUGGUGAAGAGGAGGAGGCACUGGAGCUGAUCUCAAGAAUGCUGCAAGAUCCUGGAAGGUGUUCUCCGAAUGCUCGAACGUUUGUGGCAGCAUUUAAGGCCUGUGCGAACUUGGCAGCAAAAGAAGAUGCGCAGGUAGUCGCAGGAAAGCUGGUGAAGAUUGUUUCACUGGAAAGAGGGACGGCUCUUCACGUCGAAGCAGCAAAGUCCGGCUUUGCCUCGGACCUUUUCGUGAGCAACACUCUGAUCGACAUGUACGCGAAGUGUGGUGCUCUUGAAGCUGGCCGCAGUGUUUUCAAGCGCAUGAAAAUCCGAGCUCCGGCAUCUUACAACGCACUGAUGCUGGGAUACGUCGACAGUGGUGAGGCCGAAGAAGCUCUGGCGCUGUUCGAAAGAAUGAGCUGCGAACCAGAUGGGCGAACUUAUGUGGCUGCUCUCAAGGCGUGCACCAUCCUCGCAUCCAGGGAACAGGGCAAAGAAAUCAGUGGCAAGCUUGUCAAGGCGGAGUCACUUGGAAAGGCCAGAGGUCUUUUCGAUCGGGCUGUGAAAGGUGGAUUCUUUCCGGACUUGUUCGUGGCCAACACUCUGAUCGACGUCUUCGCAAAGUGCGGCGACUUGGAAGAGGCUCGCAGGAUCUUCUACUCGAUGAAGCAGCGAGACGUGGUAUCGUGGAACGUCUUGAUGCUCGGCCUGGCCGAGAGAGACCAAGGCAAGCUAGCUCUCGAGCUCUUCGAGGAGAUGAAGUCACAGGCUCAGUGUAAUCCCGACUCCAGGACUUACGUCGCAGCUCUCAAGGCCUGCGCAAGCGUCGGGGCCUUAGAAACGGGACGAGCUCUCCACGAAGUCAUCCGCGAGCUCGGCCUGGACGAGAGCGAUGGGAUCCUCGCAACCAGCCUGGUGGAUUUCUACAGCCGAUGCGGGAGCAUGAGUGAAGCUCGCGAGGUUUUCGACUCCAUCAAAGCUCCCAAAGACGUGGUGGCUUGGAACUCGCUGCUCGCCGGCUAUGGCAGGCAAGGUGGCGGAGACAAUGCAACAGGCACGAUGCUGGACGUGUUCUCGCAAAUGCGAGAGCGAGGAGUGAAGCCAGUCGGGAUCACUUACCUCUGCCUUCUCACGGCUUGCAGCCACGCCGGUUUGAUCAACGAGGCACAGCGGCUCUUCGACGAGAUGUGGAGCAAGAACGGGAUCAAACCGGGGCUGGAGCACUACCACUGCUUGAUCGAUGCUCUGGGGCGAGCGAACAGGAUCGAGGAAGCACUGGCUAUGGCAGACAGGAUGCCUCACGCUGCGAACUGCGUCACCUGGACGAUGAUCUUGAGCGCUUGCCACAAGUGGAAGAACUCGCGAGUGGGAAGGAUCGCUUUCGAAGCGCUCCAGCGGCUGGAUUGCAAAGAAUCCGCCGCAUACGUGCUCAUGGGCAACACACUGUAGAGAACAAUUUAAAUCUUGAAAGCGCGGGGAAGACAUAUAGUUUGUAGAUGGAACCGUGGUGUUUGUGAAAAGCUCUUCAUCACUUGUGACUGUGAUUCUAGAGGACUCAUACUUUUGUC